GGGCUUAGAACGCCAGUGAGCGCUUAACGCAAAGCACACGCGCGUGUGUGGGGGACCCAGAAGCAAAUACAAGCGAGCAACAAAAAAAAAUAGCCAAAAAAGAAAAACAACAAACAGCGAGAAAAAAAAAGAUACGUCGAAAACACGACAAUAACAGCGCACGAUAAAAGUCGCCAGCGGGCAAAAACGCGCUCAUUUCGUGCGCUGUUUUCGCAACGGUAAAUUAGCUAGCGCAGGACCGCAGCACAGAUCCACAGAUACUGGCAACGGAUAUCAGAUACAGAUACAAACAGAUACACAGCUACAGAUACGGCGUCAGGAUGAGGAUGCGCCACGCAUUUGCUGGAUUAAUUGUGUGUUGGCUGGCAGUUUGUCAACCGCAAGCUGAGGCACAGUUCGCUCCAUUCGGACAGCCGGCCUACGGCGGACAGCCCGGUUUCUUUGGAGGUGGACGCGGUCCACGCCAGGGCUCCGCUUCCCGGGCCAACACGAAUGCCUAUGAGCGCCAGGUGGACUUUGGCAAUGUGGAGUACACGCAGGGUCUAUCCAACUCGCGUGCGGUAACCCGGCAGAACGGCCAGCGCAUCGUGUCGGACAGCGAGGCGCGCACGCGUGACGUGGAUCUGGGAGGAUUGCAGAUUGGGAAUACGCUGACGCGCACACGCACCAAUGCGAACGGCGCGGUGAGCGGCGGCCUGGCCGAUCAGUUCCGCAUUGGCAACUUGGGCCUGGGCGCCUCAUUGUCACCGGACAACCUGCGUCAGGGUUUCGGACUGCAGCGCGGCGCCGAUGGAGACGUGCGCCUCGGCCUGGGCCUGCUCAGCCUCGAUCUGGACAACAAUGUGCAGAACAGCAACACGCUCGGUCAGGCGACGGUCAAUGCUCAGGGCCGCGGUGCUCGCGUCGGCUCCAACAGCAAUAGCCGCACCAACAACCAGCAGUUCGGUGGCGUCAAUGUCAAGGAGACCUUCAGCAACUCGAAUGCCUUUGGACGCACACGUUUCGGCCAGACGUCGGCCAAUGCGGGCGGGUUUGGCGAGACUGCGGCCACGCGCGGCGUCAACUACGGCAACUUUGGCGGCGGCUUUCGACGUCGCCGCACGCCGCAAGUCGCCUAUCGCCCGCAGCAGCAGCAGCCGCUAGCUUUCGCUGGGGGAAAUCGUCGCGUGGCUCGUCCCAAGCGUCGCGCCCAGUACGUGCCUUUUGGCUACCCUCAGCCCGGCUACAAUAACUUUGGCUAUGGCGGCUUUGGAGGUUUCGGCAAUGUUGACGCCACGGAGCGUCCACGACGACAGUUCGGUCGUCCAGGCGGCUUUGGCGGAUUUGGCGGCUUUGGCGGAUUUGGCGGCUUCGGUGGUCAGGGUGGCUUUGAACAAGGCGGCUUUGGGCAGCCGGACUACUAUAAUCAGGGUGGUAAGAGACGCGGCCAGGUGCAAUCCUCAGGCAAUGCAGGCGCCCAGGGCGGACCCGGCUUUAAUCAGCAAGCGGGCAGCAAUAACUUUGCCAACCAGAAUGCGGACGGCUCACAGAAUGCGGGCAGCAGCAGCAUCGGUUCCAAUCUCGCCGAGGACGGCAGCAGCGGUCAGGUAAGCUCCGCCAACACGAACCAGCAGUCGGGACCCGGAGGGUCGACGAACGGUGCACAAAGCCAGGCGCUCAAUUUCCAGGCCGGCGAGCAGCAGGCCUCCAGCUCGAAUGCGAAUACCAAGCACACCCAGGUGGGCAACCAGGAGACUAUUGGCUCCAACAGCGGCUCCACGGCCACCAACAACAAUCAGUUCGGUAGCUCUAGCAACACGGCCAACACGGACACGCAGAUCGUCCGCGAUGGCGACCAGGCGACGAUCACAUCCGGCGCCAACAGUCAGUCCAUCUACCAGGGUGGCGAUGACCAGGGAAACGCCGCUGCCAACACCGCGGCUAACAUCAGCUCGCAGGUGGGCGCCGACGGCUCCGUAACGAACUCAGCCUCCAGCAGCGCCAGCGCCAGUAGCCAGAACGGCCAGUCGGCCAAUGCGAACGCCAAUGCCAACGCCGGCGGCAACGGCAAUGGUGCCGGAGCGGGCGCCAAUGCCAACGGUGGCGGCGGCAAGCGCAAUCGCGGCGGAGCCGGCAAUGCCAAUGCCAACAGCAACGUGUUUGGCGGCUUUAAUGGAGGCUUUGGCUUUGGCCUGCGCUAUCGCACGCAGCAGCAGGUGCAGCUGCAGCGUUGGCGGCCGAGACCCCGAAACAGCAGCUUGGUUGGGGACAACAUCGAGUAUCUGUUUAUAAAUCGAUCGUCGCGCCUAGAGGACUUGCAGCCGGUGGUGAACACUUCGAUCGAUGCGUUCGGGGACUACGAUGUUAGCCAGCGACAAGGCCGCACGUUCAGCAUCAUCUCCGACUGGAUCAGCAGUUUGUUUGGCUCCUGCGUCACGCCUUGCACCAUGGAGGCCUAUCAGCAGAAUCGCUGCUGCGAAACCUAUGUUUUAGGACCGCCGCCGCCACCGCCACAGACGUGCUGCUUGGUGCCAGGACCGCCACAACAGCUGCCACCACCACCGCCACCCCCUCCGCCGCCGCUGGUACCCCGCCCGCUGCCGCCCAUGCCAGCGCCACCUCGCUAUCCCAUGCCCUAUCCGCUGCCAGGGCCGGUGCUGCCCGGCAAGAAUACGCCUGUCAUGGUUAUAGCCACGCCCAUCAAUUGCUGCACAGUGUGUACGUACACCUACUAUGGCCCGCCUCCCUGUGGUCGCUUCAACUACAACAACUACAACAACAAUAACAACAACAACAUCAAUGGAAAUAAGCGAGUGACUAUCUAUGUUCCACCUCCGUACUACGGUCGUUGAGCAUAGGUCGGAAAUCUAGCUAUUAAGAGCCUACCUAG